AUGACUGGCUUCUCGAGCUUGUUUUCUAACAGAAAUGGAGCAAUCUCUCUAUUGCGUCUUAGUUCCUCCAAAUUCGGAUGUUUCUCUCGAGUAUGGUUCUCUUGCGGCGCUGUGAAACAGUCGAAACGAGAAAAUUAUGCUUCUCAGGAAGCAUUUGGUGUCUCUGGAGUUGAUAUGGAGAAGAGCAUAUAUAACAUUCUUACUAUCGACCGUUGGGGAUCUCUAAACCAUAUGGAUUAUAGGCAAGCUCGUCUUAGACCAGUUCAUGGGAAGCUGGCUCUCAAGUUUCUGAAAUGGGUCGUUAAGCAGCCCGGUUUGGAGCCUGACCAUCUUCUUCAGUUCUUCUGUAUCACUACCCAUAUACUUGUCAGAGCUAGAAUGUAUGACCCUGCAAGGCACAUCUUGAAGGAGCUAUCUUCGAUGGGCAACAAACCAAGCUUUGUUUUUGGCUCGUUAAUGACGACAUACCGUCUUUGCAAUUCAAACCCUGCGGUUUUCGACAUCUUGAUUCGAGUUUAUCUGAGAGAAGGAAUGAUUCAAGAUUCUCUUGAAAUAUUCCGCUUGAUGGGUCUUUACGGGUUUAACCCUUCUGUGUAUACUUGCAACGCAAUGCUAGGUUCCAUUGUAAAGAGCGAUGAUGGGGAUGUGGCGGUUUGGUCUUUCUUGAAGGAAAUGCUUAAGAGGAAGAUUUGUCCGGAUGUAGCUACCUUCAAUAUACUGAUUAAUCUGCUCUGUGCGCAAGGGAAGUUCAAGAAGUCGAGUUAUCUCAUGGAGAAGAUGGAGAAGAGUGGCUAUUCCCCAACUGUAGUUACGUACAAUACUGUGCUCCAUUGGUAUUGUAAAAAGGGGAGAUACAAAGCUGCUAUUGAGCUUAUAGAUCGGAUGAGGUCGAAAGGGGUUGAUGCUGAUGUCUGUACGUAUAAUAUGCUUAUCCACGAUUUGUGCAGGAAUAAUAGAAGUGCUAAAGGCUAUUUGUUGCUGAGGACGAUGAGGAAGAGGAUGAUUUACCCCAAUGAAGUCACGUACAAUACACUGAUUAGUGGGUUUUGUGUUGAAGGGAAGGUUCUCAUUGCUCGUCGACUUUUGGAUGAGAUGUUAAGCUUUGGUCUUUCCCCGAAUAAUGUUACUUUCAAUGCUUUGAUUGAUGGACACAUUAGUGAGGGAGACUUUAGAGAAGCUUUGAAGAUGUUUUAUAUGAUGGAAGUUUAUGGUCUUGUACCUAAUGGAGUUAGCUAUGGCGUGCUUUUAGAUGGGCUGUGCAAGCUUGCGGAGUUUGAUCUAGCGAGAGGCUUUUACAUGAGGAUGAAGAGAGAUGGGAUCGCUGUUGGGCGAAUAACUUACACUGGAAUGAUUAAUGGGUUUUGCAAGAGUGGCUUAUUAGAGGAAGCAGUUGAGAUGCUUAAUGAGAUGAGUAAGGAUGGUAUUGAUCCUGAUAUUGUCACAUACUCUGCACUUAUAAAUGGAUUCUGCAAGGUGGGGAGGUUUAUAACCGCAAAGGAAAUAGUAUGUAGGAUUUACAGAACUGGUCUUAGUCCAAAUGGCAUUGUAUACUCAACCUUGAUAUACAAUUGUUGCAGGAUGGGAUUCUUAAAGGAAGCAUUAAGAAUUUAUGAAGCUAUGAUCCUCCAGGGCCAUACUCCAGACCUGUUCACAUUCAAUGUACUUGACUCUUCCUUAUGUAAAGCUGGUAAAGUGGGUGAGGCAGAAGAGUUUAUGCGUUGCAUGACAAGUGAUGGUAUUCUUCCUAACGCAGCUAGCUUUGAUUGUCUUAUCAAUGGGUAUGGAAGCUCCGGUGAAGGGCUAAAAGCGUUCUCUAUAUUCGAUGAGAUGACCAAAGUCGGUCAUCGCCCAACGUUCUUCACAUAUGGUAGUCUGCUCAAGGGAUUAUGCAAAGGUGGGCAUUUGAAAGAGGCAGAGAAGUUUCUGAAUAGCCUCCAUGAUGUUCCUGCAGCUGUUGAUACUGUUAUGUACAACACACUUCUCACCGCGGUGUGUAAAGUAGGGAACUUGGACAAGGCUGUCUCUCUUUUUGGUGAGAUGGUGCAGCGAAGCAUUCUGCCUGACAGUUACACAUACACCAGUCUUAUCUCUGGGUUGUGUAGGAAGGGAAAGACAGUUAUUGCCAUACUUUUUGCUAAGGAAGCUGAGGCUCGAGGUCAUUUGCUUCCCAACAAGGUGAUGUAUACCUGUUUUGUGGAUGGCAUGUUCAAGGCUGGCCAGUGGAGAGCUGGUUUUUGUUUUCUUGAGGAAAUGGAGAAACUUGGUCUUACACCUGAUGCUGUCACAACAAAUGCAAUGAUUGAUGGUUACUUAAGAAUGGGGAAGAUAGAGAAGACUAAUGACCUUCUUUCUGAUAUGAGGAACCAAAACCAGGGUCCUAAUCUGACUACCUACAAUAUUCUCUUGCAUGGUUAUUCAAAGAGGAAAGACUUAUCAACAAGCUUUAUGCUGUAUAGAUCCAUGAUACUGGACGGCAUUUCACCUGAUAAGCUCACAUGCCAUUCUCUUAUUCUCGGGAUUUGUGAGUCCAACAUGUUGGAGAUUGGUGUUAAGAUCUUGAAAGCAUUCAUAUGCAGAGGUUAUGAAGUUGACAGGAGUACGUUCAACAUGCUAAUCUCCAAGUGUUGUGCGAAUGGAGAGAUCAGCAAGGCAUUUGAUCUUGUUAAUGUCAUGACCUUAGUGGGAAUCUCCCCUGACAAAAACACUUACGAUGCUAUUGUAAGCGUCCUCAACAUGAACCACAGAUUCCAGGAAUCUCGAGUGGUGUUGCACGAGAUGUCGAAGCAAGGUCUAUCUCCCGAGUGUACAAAGUACAUUGGUCUGCUUAAUGGUCUUUGCAGAGUGGGAGAUAUAAAGACUGCGUUUGCGUUGAAGGAUGAGAUGAUAGCAUGUAAGAUAUGUCCGCCUAGUGUAGCUGAGAGUGCAAUGGUGAGAGCGCUUGCAAAAUGCGGUAAGGCUGAAGAAGCUACGCUGCUUCUACGGUCUAUGCUGAAAAAGAAGCUGGUUCCGACUAUUGCUAGUUUCACUACUCUCAUGCACAUGUUUUGCAAGAGUGGCGAUGUUACUGAGGCUCUGGAUUUAAGAGAACUCAUGAGAAAUUGUGGCCUGAAGCUUGAUCUCGUGUCGUACAAUGUAUUGAUUAGUGGACUAUGUCGUAAAAGUGAUAUGGUAGCUGCAUUUGAACUCUAUGAAGAGAUGAAACGAGAUGGUUUCUUAGCCAAUGUGACCACUUACAAAGCUCUCAUCAGUGGGAUUCUUUCCAGAGAAACCGCAUUCGAUGGGACUGAUAUCGUCUUAAAGGAUCUACUUGCAAGGGGAUUCAUAACAUCCUUGAGCUCGUCUCAAGAUUCACACAAAACAUUGACAAUAGUCAUGGAGAAGCUGAAGGCUUUGCAAACUUACCAGGUGAAAUUACAGUUUAUCACCCGUGAAGAGCUAGCUGGAUGUCCAGAGUAA